UUAUCAAUAAAAUUUCAAUUUCCCUUGGUUAUCAUUGAAUUUUCUUGUUAACUAAUAAAACUAAUUCAUACUCGACGUUACAGGAAUAGUACCUAUACUAAUGCGUGUGUUUUAAAAAGCAUUCCAAUUUACGAUAAAGAAAGAAGAGCUAUAUCAAUAACAUGCCAGAAAUCAAAAGACGAAAUGUAACCAAAGAUAAGGAUCAUAAAAAAGGAAUUAUAAAUGAAAAAAGCGAUAAAUUAAAGCCUAAGAAAGACGAGACCCCCAACCGGAAUUUGUCUCUAAAAAUAUUAUCUCGCUCAGUAGUCAUAUUUUCUCUCCUAAUAAUAGUUUACUUUUCGUCUAAAGAUGAAAAUAUUAAAGUGUUUGCUAAGCAGUCCGAAAAGUUACAAGGAAAGGGUCAAGUAGUGGAGUGUUCUGCAUCAUAUAUGAAAGAGGUAGACAUAUAUGAUGGCUGUUUCCCAAAGUACUGUAAAAGAUUUGUGACUGACAUGGUAGUGUCAGACGUUGAAGCUGAUAAGCUCCUAGCAAUAGCUAAGAAAGGGCUGAGACAUGGUGGUUCGACCGGAGGUGCAUCAAUAUUGGAUCUGCACAGUGGAGCAAUGUCAAAAGGACAGUAUUUUGUUAAUUUUUACAAAAUACCAGAACUGAACAAUGUCUUUGAUGAAAGUGAUUUUAAUGCUUACAGGGUAGUCAAAGAAAAAAUCAAGCAUAGUGUUGCACAUCAUUUUGGAGUAUCUCCAGACUUGUUGUAUUUAACACAUCCUACAUUCUUCUCAGAAAUUACUUCAAAAGAAGCAGUCACGGUACAUGAUGAAUACUGGCAUCCUCAUGUUGACAAAGAAACUUACAAGUCAUUCCACUACACAACUUUGCUGUAUUUAGGAGAUUAUGGAAAAGACUUUGAAGGAGGAAGAUUUGUAUUUAUUGAUGAGAAAUACAAUAGAACUUUGGAACCCAGGAAAGGCAGAGUGAGCAUGUUCACCAGCGGGGCUGAAAACCUACAUUAUGUAGAGAAAGUUACAUCUGGCAUAAGAUAUGCUAUAACAGUAUCUUUCACUUGUGACCAGAGAUAUGCUAUUGAGGAUCCUAGUGUAAAUAAGUAUGAAAUUAAACAUUCCGAAUAAAUACAAUACGUAAUAU